AUGGAUGCCUUCAGAUUGUUGACCCGGUCGUCUAAAUUAAAGCCCGCCUCGGCUUCAGACUCUCGUCUGCCGUCAACUGGGAAGGCAGCCAAUCCGCAGCUUUUCCGGACUGCGGAGACCGACCAGCUCGAGUCUGCCAAGCAUGGCAAAAAAAGAAAGAGAGCCGUUGCCGCCCAACAGGAUGAAGAAGAUGUCCCUGAUCUCGACUUUUUCAGUUCCAACAAGCGCUCUGCAGCAAGUGCGGCGGAAACCGCGGUUGUGACCGAAGGCGACGAUGAGGAAGCCCCUGCAGAUGCUGAAUCAGAUGAUGAUUCCAUGGACGAAGUGCAGCGUCGCACAAUCUUGAACUCACAUAUGAUCAAGGUCACAGAUAUGCGCGACCUGGAAGAGAUCCAGGCACAAUCUACCACUACCAAGGAAUCUAAAAAGAAGAAGUCAAAGACAGCAGAGGCGCCUGUUCUUAGUAAGAAAGAGCAAAAGCGUGCCAGACGCUUGUUCCCGCAGCCUCUGCUCAACUUCAAGGAGCUUCGGUCUAAAUACAAGAUCUCCUCGCGACUUGCAGAGAACGUUGCGGAUCAAGGCUUUACAGUACCUACAGAGGUUCAACUUGGAACACUUCCCUUGCUCCUUGAAGAGACUUCUGAGCCAGAUCUCUUGGUUGUUGCUCCCACCGGCAGUGGCAAGACUCUGUCUUUCUUGAUUCCCGUGAUCAACAAAAUUGUUCGACACCACCACUCAAAGCCAGACGAGCACGGCAUCUUAUCUGUCGUUGUAGCCCCUACCAAGGAGCUUGCAAGCCAGAUCGUCAAUGAAGGCCGCAAGUUAGUGGCUGGAACUGGUGUUAAGAUCACUUUGAUGAGAAAGGGUAUGCGCGUUGGAGAUGAUGGUGAAGCCAAUGUCCUUGAUGAGGACAGUGAAGCGUCAUCUGGGUCGGAAGACGAAGAUGCCAACAGCAAGCCAGCAAAGGAGCGAGCCAGCAUUCCCGUCACUAAAAGUGAUAUUCUUGUCACUACACCCCUGAUGUUGGUUAAUGCUUUGUCUGCGAACCGCACAACUACUAUGGCAACGUUACCUCUAGUGCGCAGUUUGGUUCUGGACGAAGCUGAUGUCCUCCUGGAUCCCUUGUUCCGGGAACAGACGCUUGACAUUUGGAAAUCAUGCUCACACCCUGACUUGCGUGUUGGGCUCUGGUCAGCCACUAUGGGGUCUAACAUCGAGGACCUCACUAAGUCGACCAUCAAAGAGCGACUGGAAGACCUUGGACAAAAGCCAAGCGAGCCACAUGCACUGCUUCGUCUAGUUGUGGGGUUGAAAGACUCUGCAAUUCCCAACAUUGAGCACAAACUUGUGUACGCAGCAACAGAGCAGGGUAAGCUGCUUGGACUUCGCCAACUUCUUCGCCCCGCUGCAGCCUCAGCAUCAGACAUCCGCCUUCGCCCCCCCUUCCUCAUUUUCACACAGACCAUCCCCCGUGCGGUGGCCCUGCACUCCGAACUCAAAUAUGAUAUCCCCGCUGAAGCAGGCGGAUCAUCACGUAUUGCCGUUCUCCACUCCGAUCUCUCUGACGACCAGCGAUCCGAAAUCAUGCGCGAUUUCCGCAAAGGCGAGAUCUGGAUCCUGGUUACAACCGACCUGCUAGCUCGCGGUGUCGACUUCCGCGGCAUCAACGGCGUCGUCAACUAUGAUAUCCCCAACUCAGCAGCCGUGUACGUCCACCGCGUGGGACGAACCGGUCGUGCUGGUCGCGAGGGCGGUAUCGCUGUUACCUACUACACCAAGGAAGACAUUCCCUAUGUCAAGAGCAUUGCCAACAUCAUCGACGUCAGCGAGAAGCUGCGUGGAAAAGAAGGCGACAAGUCCAUCCAGAAAUGGCUGCUCGAUGCUCUGCCAAAUUUGAGCAAAAACAGCAAGAAAGACAUGAAGAAGUACGGUGUCAAGGCGCGCCAGACCCCGAGACUGAAUGAUAAGGAAGAGGACGGCAAGGGUGCUCGUGGUAUGAGGAUUAGCACCAAGAGUGGCUUCGAGCGCCGCCUGGAAAAUAACAAAAGGGGUGCUAUUGCAGCCAGCCGCAUCAGGAAGGCAGCUGCGGCAGCUGAAGGCAAUACUAGCGAUGCUGGUAGCUGGGCUGGAUUGGAUGAUUAA